AUGGCCAAAUACAAAUACGAAACACUUGCGGACCCUGCUGCAAAUAUCCGACUACUAAUGCUGCAGAAUGGACAACAAGACGAACCAUUGCGUGCCAAGCUAGAGCACACACCAAUGGACGAUCGAGUCUCGUACGAAGCCGUGUCAUAUUCCUGGGGAUCUCCCUCGGAGACAUGUACCAUUCUAAAACAUACCAUUCUAAAAUAUAUCACUCUAAAACAUACCAUUCAAGUUGAAAAGAGUGGUUCGUACUUCAGUCUUGCUAUUACCCCAAAUCUGGACAACGUUCUGCGGCGAUUUCGUCGUGUUGAAGACGUUCGAGCCUUGUGGAUCGACGCGGUUUGCAUAGAUCAAGGUACGAAAGAAGAGAAGAGUGCUCAAGUCGGUAUCAUGGACAGCAUCUAUGCGUCUGCACAGCAGGUUCUGGUCUACCUUGGCGAGCCAUCUGCGUCGACGGCUCAAGCAAUAGCCCUUUUGGACCAGAUAUACGCAGCACCUAGCAAUGCGCCUCCGAUCAAUAGCGACAAGCAAAGGCAGUGGAUCAAUGAUAAUCAGCUUCCGACAGUACUAGAGCCCCAAAGGUGGGCUCCCCUCAAGGAGUUCUUUUGCAGGCCAUGGUUUCGUCGCAAGUGGAUCAUCCAAGAAACUGUUCUAGCAAGGAAGCUGAUUUUCCACUGUGGUGAGUGGGAGAGAGACUGGAAUUUCAUGCAGCAUGUGCGUAAAAAUAUUCAAGACAACGGUCUAGCUGUGCUCGACCACACCACUUGCCCUACCUUGCUCGAAGGCGCCGAAGUACAGCAAAGUCUGUCACAGCUCAACUGGAUUAUAACAUUGCGUGACUGUCUUUCCAAGAAUGAAAAGCUUCACCUCAUGGACUUGGCCUAUAUAUUCCGUUACUCUAGAGCCACCGACCCUCGUGAUCACUUAUUUGCUCUGUUGGGGGUUGGCUACAAUGUUACCGACCCGAUCCUGAAACCAAGAUACAAGAAGAUCGACACUAUACUGGACACAUGCAUUAGAUAUGCACGAUACUUCCUCGCGAGGACCCGGAAUCUAGAAGUGCUAUAUCGCGCUGGUCUUAAUGGCCAUCGAUUGCUUGCGCCGAGUUGGAUUCCGGACUGGUACGGCGGACACGAAACCUUGACUCUCGGUCAUGCAGAGGGUUUCUGGGAUCCCCUCCGUCGGCCAUCGUCUUAUCACGUCGCUCCAGGUACAGUUCCCGAAUUGCACUGGUCGGACAACGCAACUGAACUAGGUGUGAAAGGGACGAUCAUAGACACCAUAGAAAACCUUGCGAACCAGUAUUUUCUGGCCUCCGCCAAAGAGCCAUUGGACAAGGACUUGCUUCUCCGGAGAAAACGCGAGCACCUGGACGAGUCACGUAUCAUUAACGACGCUCUGCCCGGCCGGUACCCAACUGGACAAGAUGCAAGAGAUGUACACUGGCGGACCCUGAUCUGCAAUAUGACUCAUGAUCUCUCGCCCGCACCAGCUGAGGCAGACGAAGCAGCAUAUCGGGAGUAUCGCAUGUCAUACGAGGUAUGGCGGCAUCACCUCCUGUGGAAAGAAGGCAUGGUCCCGAUUGAUCCGCAGUACCUCCCCGUUCGACAUCUGUUCCGACAGAUCAUCGACGACUACAACGGAGACAAAAUCUUCGGCUCAACUAAGGAAAACUAUCUUGGCAUGUUCCCACAGUUCGCACAGAAAGGUGAUAUGAUAGCUGUACUACAUGGCGGCGAGUUCCCCUUUGUUCUAAGAAGGGUUGAGAGACAGGAGAAGAUGUAUCAGCUCGUCGGCCAAUGCUACCUACACGGGCUGAUGGAAGGAGAGCUCAACCUGAAGGAUGAAAAGUACGAAACGGAGAUCAUCUGGCUCGAAGGAGACUUCGAAAAGGAGCGUUCGCUUCUGAGCAGCGUUGUCACAUAUUUGCAGAUUUUGUGGACCGGGAUAGUACAACUUUACGGGAUGGUUUUCCGAGCAGUUACGGCAGUAGGGAGUCGGAAAGUGAAGUCUGAUUAG